AUUCCAUAUAAACUUUUGUAGAGUGCUUGGUUGCAUUUCAUUGCGCUUGUUUUACUUUAUCUUUUAUUCAUAUCAAGCUUCACCAUAAAAGUAUAAGUAACAACUAUUUUAUGUCUUCACACAAGUAUUUGCUGAAUUUGGCUCAAUAUAUUACCAUCAAAAGAGGAGAUAUUACGAAGGAACAAGUUGAUGCCAUAGUCAAUGCAGCCAAUGAACAGUUAACUGUAGGUGGAGGUGUUUGUGGAGCUAUUCAUAGAGCUGCAGGUCCAGCAUAUACAGAAGCUUGUUUGAAGGUUCCCCAAGUGAGGCAAGGCAUUCUUUGUCCAACUGGUGAAGCCAGAAUAGUCACUGGAGGUCUUUUGCCAGCUUCAUUUGUCAUUAAUACUGUUGGUCCAGUUUAUUCUAGUGUUCCUAAUCCUGCAGAAUUAUUGGAAUCUUGUUACAGAUCAGUUUUGCAGGUUGCCAACGAAAAUGGCUUACGUUCUGUGGCGUUUCCAGCGAUAUCCUGUGGCAUAUUUGGUUAUCCUCUGCGUGAAGCUGCUCAAGUAGCUUUAACUUCCUGUAAGAAAUAUCGUGGAAACUUACAAGAUAUACGUUUUGUGUUGUUCGGUUCGGAUGUUUUCGAUGCUUGGACGACUUGUGCCAUAUCACUUGGUUUGAGAAGAACAGAAUAAUAAAAGGGUAGUUUAAAACAGAAAAUAUACUCUCAAGUCCAAGUUAUUGGAAGGUGUUGAAGGCAUAUUCAGUUAUCCAAUAAAACAUAUGAAUGUCAG